AGACACAGCAGGAGAGCGGCUAGGGUGCAGUUGCCAGCUCGCCCGCGCCGCCCGCACUCCGCCUCUGCUGAGUCCUGGAACCGCAGCGCCGAGCUGCGGGGCUGAGUCAAUCGGACCAUUGCUUCUGCGCUCUACGCCGGCUGCACAGCCAGCCCGGGGGCUGCGCUCAGCACGAAGGGUCGGAUCUCGCGCUGCCAGCCUGUCUAACUCUGGAUCGCUGCCUUCACUAGCCACUAGUCCGUGUUCCCCACUCAACGUUUAUCCUUUCAUUCCUAGUCACUCUACUUUCAUUUUUUCUUCUCAUUUUAUGGAAAAUACGUUUUCUUAGGAUGACUCGUCGUCUUUAACUUCGUCCAUUUCAGGACUGAAGACUGGAAAAGCAUUCUCACCUCUUACCCUGCUGGUAUUUAAAAAUAACAGUCCUUAAAAAAAAAAAAAAGUCUUAAGAGGCAAAGGAACAGUCCACCGGACUCUCCUGGACACCCUUGACUGAACCCAGUUCGGAACUGUACAAGCCAUCAGAACUCCCAAUCCAUCUCCUCCAACUGAAGGGGAGAACCAGAGGACUAGAAGCAAACUUCAGCUUCUCUGCCGGUCUGUGACUCCCGCAUUUGGAGCAUUUGUGUGCCCGAAGGCACAGGACCCCACCAGGACAAGGAGUCCUCCCGCGUCUCCCUCUCCCCUUUCGCCGAUCCUGAACCUCAGACUGAGCGGCGCGGGACAGCAGCGGCAGUCGAGGCUUGAGGAAAAUGCGGGGCUCCGGGCCCCGGGGUGCGGGACGCCGGUGGACCCUGGGCAGCGGGGGCGGCGGCGACACCCCCCGCAGCCCUGCUUCUCUAGCGGGUUGCUACUCCGCACCUCGCAAGACGCCCCUCUGGACCUGCCUUCUCCUGUGCGCGGCGCUCCGGACCCUCUUGGCCAGCCCCAGCAACGAAGUGAAUUUAUUAGAUUCCCGCACAGUCAUGGGGGACCUCGGAUGGAUUGCUUUUCCAAAAAAUGGGUGGGAAGAGAUUGGUGAAGUUGAUGAAAAUUAUGCCCCCAUCCACACAUACCAAGUAUGCAAAGUUAUGGAACAAAAUCAGAAUAAUUGGCUUUUGACCAGUUGGAUUUCCAAUGAAGGUGCUUCCAGAAUCUUCAUCGAACUCAAAUUUACUCUACGUGAUUGUAAUAGUCUUCCUGGAGGACUGGGGACCUGUAAGGAAACGUUCAACAUGUAUUACUUUGAGUCAGAUGAUGAGAAUGGGAGAAACAUUAAAGAAAACCAGUACAUCAAAAUUGAUACCAUUGCUGCUGAUGAGAGCUUCACAGAACUCGAUCUUGGUGACCGCGUGAUGAAACUGAAUACAGAGGUCAGAGAUGUAGGACCCCUAAGCAAGAAAGGAUUUUAUCUUGCUUUCCAAGAUGUUGGUGCUUGCAUUGCUCUGGUUUCUGUGCGUGUGUACUAUAAAAAAUGUCCUUCUGUGGUUAGACACUUGGCUGUCUUCCCUGACACCAUCACUGGAGCAGAUUCUUCACAGUUGCUAGAGGUGUCAGGCUCCUGUGUCAACCAUUCUGUGACAGAUGAUCCUCCUAAAAUGCACUGCAGUGCUGAAGGGGAGUGGCUGGUUCCCAUCGGGAAAUGCAUGUGUAAGGCAGGAUAUGAAGAGAAAAAUGGCACCUGUCAAGUGUGCAGACCUGGGUUCUUCAAAGCCUCUCCUCACAGCCAGAGCUGCAGCAAAUGUCCACCUCACAGUUACACCCAUGAGGAAGCUUCAACCUCUUGUGUCUGUGAAAAGGAUUAUUUCAGGAGGGAGUCUGAUCCACCCACAAUGGCAUGCACAAGACCCCCCUCAGCUCCUCGGAAUGCCAUCUCAAAUGUUAAUGAAACUAGUGUCUUUCUGGAGUGGAUUCCGCCUGCUGACACUGGUGGACGGAAAGAUGUGUCCUAUUAUAUUGCAUGCAAGAAGUGCAACUCCCAUGCAGGUGUGUGUGAGGAGUGUGGCGGUCAUGUCAGGUACCUCCCCCAGCAAAUCGGCCUGAAAAACACCUCUGUCAUGAUGGUGGACCUACUCGCUCAUACAAACUAUACCUUUGAGAUUGAGGCAGUGAAUGGAGUGUCCGACUUGAGCCCAGGCACCCGGCAGUAUGUGUCUGUAAAUGUAACCACAAAUCAAGCAGCUCCGUCUCCAAUCACGAAUGUGAAAAGGGGAAAAAUUGCAAAGAAUAGCAUCUCUUUGUCUUGGCAAGAGCCAGAUCGCCCCAAUGGUAUCAUCCUGGAAUAUGAAAUCAAGUAUUUUGAAAAGGACCAAGAGACCAGCUACACAAUUAUCAAGUCUAAGGAGACCACUAUUACAGCAGAGGGCUUGAAACCUGCUUCGGUGUAUGUCUUCCAAAUUCGAGCACGCACGGCAGCAGGCUAUGGUGUCUUCAGUCGAAGAUUUGAGUUUGAAACCACCCCUGUGUCAGUUGCAGCUUCCAGUGAUCAAAGCCAGAUUCCCAUCAUUGCAGUGUCGGUGACAGUGGGAGUCAUUUUGCUUGCUGUGGUUAUUGGCUUCCUCCUCAGCGGCAGUUGCUGCGAAUGUGGCUGUGGAAGGGCUUCUUCCCUGUGCGCUGUUGCCCAUCCAAGCCUAAUAUGGCGGUGUGGUUACAGCAAAGCAAAGCAGGACCCAGAAGAGGAAAAGAUGCACUUUCAUAAUGGGCACAUUAAACUGCCAGGAGUGAGAACCUACAUUGAUCCACACACUUAUGAGGAUCCCAAUCAAGCUGUCCAUGAAUUUGCCAAGGAGAUAGAAGCUUCCUGCAUCACUAUUGAGAGAGUUAUUGGAGCAGGUGAAUUUGGUGAAGUGUGUAGUGGACGUUUGAAACUACCAGGAAAAAGAGAAUUACCUGUGGCUAUCAAAACCCUUAAAGUAGGCUACACUGACAAGCAACGCAGAGAUUUCUUAGGUGAAGCAAGCAUCAUGGGGCAGUUCGAUCAUCCCAACAUCAUCCAUUUAGAAGGAGUUGUGACCAAAAGUAAACCUGUGAUGAUAGUGACAGAGUAUAUGGAGAAUGGCUCUUUAGACACAUUUUUAAAGAAAAAUGACGGACAGUUCACUGUGAUUCAGUUGGUUGGCAUGCUGAGAGGUAUUGCUGCAGGAAUGAAGUACCUUUCUGACAUGGGCUACGUGCACAGAGACCUUGCUGCUAGAAACAUCUUAAUCAACAGUAACCUUGUGUGCAAAGUGUCUGACUUUGGACUUUCCAGAGUACUGGAAGAUGAUCCUGAGGCAGCCUACACCACAAGGGGAGGAAAAAUUCCAAUCAGGUGGACUGCCCCAGAAGCAAUAGCUUUCCGAAAGUUCACCUCUGCCAGUGAUGUCUGGAGUUAUGGAAUUGUAAUGUGGGAAGUUGUGUCUUAUGGAGAGAGGCCCUACUGGGAGAUGACCAAUCAGGAUGUGAUUAAAGCGGUGGAAGAAGGCUACCGCCUGCCAAGCCCCAUGGACUGUCCUGCUGCUCUCUAUCAGUUAAUGCUGGACUGCUGGCAGAAGGAUCGAAAUAGCAGGCCCAAGUUUGAGGAAAUAGUCAACAUGCUGGACAAGCUGAUACGAAAUCCAAGUAGCCUGAAGACAUUGGUUAAUGCCUCGAGCAGAGUAUCUACUUUGUUGGCAGAACAUGGUCCUCUGGGCUCUGGGGCCUAUAGGUCAGUAGGUGAAUGGUUGGAAGCAAUCAAGAUGGGCCGAUACACAGAGAUUUUCAUGGAAAAUGGAUACAGUUCAAUGGACGCUGUGGCUCAGGUGACCUUGGAGGAUUUGAGACGCCUCGGAGUGACUCUGGUCGGUCACCAGAAGAAGAUCAUGAACAGCCUUCAGGAGAUGAAGGUGCAGCUGGUAAAUGGGAUGGUGCCAUUGUAACUUCUGUCAGUAUCACUCUUCAAGUGAACAACUCUGCACUUUGUAAAAGCCCUGAGAUUUAUUUAAACAAAAAUUAGUGGAAAAGGGAAAACAGUGAUUUCUAAACCUGAGGAGGGCAUUUGUCUCAGCACUGAAUUUGUAAGCAGUAUUUGACUAAGAUCUCCAUAUCUUCCUCUUAGCAUCUUCUUUUUUCAUGAAGCAACUGUAAGCUGCAUAGAAUCGGUACAUAAAGCGAAAACAUUCUCUAAUGGAGCUAUAACAAUAUCUUCCCCACUUGAAUAAAGUUUUUUACAUGAAAUAUAUGAAGACAUAGCACCUUUAUAGACUGAAUUAAUGCAGCUCCUUUCAAACUCCCAGGGAUCUCCUUGAAAGGAAAUGUUGUAAAGCCAGUUGUGGGCUAAGAAAAGCUGCAGUCUCCUGAAGUUUACUUCAAGUCUUAAUUGUCUGCAUAAGUGUAUUGAAGAGCAAUAUGAUUAGAUUAUUUCUUAAAUACAUGGUUUGUAAUUGAAAAUUCAAUCACAUGGUGUUAUAAACAAAGCUAGUUUAUAAACAUGUUGCUUGGUCAAACGAAAGUUCAGUAAUACAGGGUGUAUAUUUAUUUUUCUGUGUUAUAAAAUUUUCUUUAGUUGCUCUUCCAGAGACUAUGUAAUAAAUAUGUAAAUAUUGUAUAAUUUGCAACAUGUCCAGGAAUUGAUUUAAGUUGGGCUUGUGUGGGAAUAGGGAUGUGUGUGUGUGUGUGUGUGUGUGUGUGUGUGUGUGCGUGUUGCAUGUGUCUGCAGUAUCAUUCUGCUUGCCUUUUUGAUACUGUUUUAAUUUUUCCAUCAUAUAGGAAAAAGUAUUCUAGAUUGUAAUGUGAGUAACAUAAAUAGGGAAGCAGUAAAAUAAAAUUCAACCUAUGUUGAUGUUUUUUUUCUCUCCAGUCUGAAAGCAACAAAUUUCUUCAUUCACUCAUAGAAAAUGCCUCAAAUAUUUCUCCCCGUCAACUUUUUUAAACUGUGUGCUCUCAGCAACAAUGAAUUUCUAGCCAUUAAUUUUGCCCAUUGUGAAAAGGUUUAC